AUGAGUGAUACAACUGCGACACAAAGAGUAAUUCUUUUACCGAUUGACGGAAGUGAACAUGCUGACAGAGCAUUUCACUGGUAUUUGGAUAAUAUGAAAAGUCCAAAUGAUAUUGUGAAGUUUAUUAAUAUUGUUGAACCGGUUUAUGCUACACCUGCAGUCGGAUUAGCAAUGGAAACUCCACCAUUAAAUGAUAUUACUAAAAUAAUGCAAGAUAGUAUCGACAAAGGAAAGUUAUUAGGGAAAAAGUAUAUAGCUGAAGCGAAAAAGUAUGAUAUAAACUGUCAAGCAUUUAUUCAUGUUGACAAUCGGCCUGGUACAGCUCUAUUAAAAUCAAUAGAAGAUCAUAAUGCAAAUUUGAUUAUAAUGGGAAAUAGAGGUCUUGGUUUGCUUCGACGUACUUUUCUUGGAAGUGUUUCGGACUAUAUUUUACAUCAUGCUCAUAUACCAGUGGUAAUUGUUCCACCAAAAUAA